AUGGUUCGCGUCUCCGUAUUGAAUGACUGCCUUAACAGUAUCGUCAACGCUGAGCGCCGUGGAAAGCGGCAAGUGCUCAUCCGACCUUCAUCAAAGGUCAUCGUAAAAUUCCUUAGCGUCAUGCAAAGACACGGCUACAUUGGCGAAUUCGAGAUAAUCGACGAUCACCGCUCGGGAAAGAUCGUCAUACAACUAAAUGGCCGUCUCAACAAGACGGGUGUCAUCUCCCCACGGUUCAGUGUACAGGUGACCCAGAUCGAGUCCUGGGUCAACUUGCUGCUACCCGCUCGUGGUUUCGGUAAAAUUAUACUGACAACAUCGUCUGGUAUCAUGGAUCACGAGGAGGCCCGCCGCAAAAACGUCGGUGGAAAACUCCUCGGAUAUGUUUACUAG